UCUGACAUCCGUAACCUCGUCAGCGGGCUGCCUUGCUGUCUUGCUAAUGUAAUAUAUCACGACGUAGACUACUUGUAAAAAAACAAUGUUCAGUAGUGUGCAGAGUGGGCAGGGAUCUCUAAAGCGAUGUGCUGGAACUAGCAGAAUCUGCUUGCCAUCUAGUUAGGUAAUUAUUCGAGACUAGUACCUCUACAUUCCUUCAAUACUCCAAGUGCUACAAACUAGCGCCCCCUCGGCCUCACUGACUUGUGAGCGAGAAUGACCGAAAGGAAACGCAAUUUAUCUGACGUGGAGGACGUGCGAGACGGCGAAGUGUCCGGGUCAAAGAAAUUCAAGGAUGGAACCGGUAAAAAGAGACACAUUGCGGCGUUGGUCUUGGCAAGAGGAGGUAGUAAAGGAAUUCCUCUUAAGAAUAUCAAAAUGCUGGCCGGGGUCCCGCUAGUGGGCUGGGUGCUGAGAGCUGCGGUGGACUCCAACAUGUUUGACAGUGUGUGGGUGUCGACAGACCAUGAUGAGAUAGAGAAGGUGGCGCGGGCGUGGGGGGCGCAGGUGCACCGCCGGAGCCCCGAGGUGUCCCAAGACUCCUCCAGCUCCCUGGACACCAUCCAGGAGUUCAGCCGCCUCAACCCCGAGAUGGAUGUGAUCUGCAACAUCCAGGCCACGUCGCCCUGCCUGCACCCCUCCCACCUGCAGGAGGCGCUGCAGCUCAUCACGCUGCAGGACUUCCAGUCUGUGUUCUCUGUGGUGCGGAGACACCAGUUCAGAUGGCAGGAGGGGAAGAAGGGAGCGGGCGUGUCCACCCUGCCCCUGAACCUGGACCCGGCCUGCAGGCCGCGCAGGCAGGACUGGGACGGGGAGCUGUGUGAGAACGGCUCCUUCUACUUCGCCACCAGAGAACUCAUCCAACAGGGGCUGUUACAGGGGGGUAGGAUGGCCUACUAUGAGAUGCUACCAGAGUUCAGCGUGGACAUCGACGUGGACAUAGACUGGCCCGUGGCAGAGCAGAGGGUACUCCGGUUCGGCUACUUCGGCCGGGCCCAGCCCGAGGUGGUGCGGCUGCUGCUAUGUGUGGUGUGUGGGGGUCUGACAGACGGCCAGGUGCUGCUGUCUGCCUCAGGGGAGGAGAUGCUCUCCUUCAGCACCAGAGACACCAGGGGGAUACGCAUGCUGCAGGAGGAGGGCGUGGAGGUGGUGCUGUUGAGCUCUGUGGAGGAGCCCCUGUCCAGCGCUCUGUGUGAGCGUCUGACCCAGAGGACAGGCUGUCCGGUCAGGCAGCUGGGCGCAGACGUGCAGGCCGACGUCAGGGCCAUGAUGGCCAAGAGGGGCCUGGGCUGGAACGAGGUGGCUUACCUGGGUAAUGAUGAGCAGGAUGUGACCUGCCUGACCUUGGCUGGUCUGAGUGCAGUACCUCUCCACGCCCCCACAGGGGCGCUGAACGCUGCCAAGUACUCGUGCCACAGCGGGGGGGGCCGGGGGGCCCUGAGGGAGUUUGCAGAACACAUCCUGCUGCUGAAGAAGAAGGCCAAGGCCCAGCUGGAGCAGGACCGCAUCAACAGACACACCUUCUGACCCGGUGCACAUCCACACCACAUCCACACACACCUUCUGACCCGGUGCACAUCCACACCACAUCCACACACACCUUCUGACCCGGGGCACAUCCACACCACAUCCACACACACCUUCUGACCCGGUGCACAUCCACACCACACACACCUUCUGACCCGGAGCACAUCCACACCACACACACCUUCUGACCCGGUGCACAUCCACACCACAUCCACACACACCUUCUGACCCGGUGCACAUCCACACCACAUCCACACACACACCUUCUGACCCGGUGCACAUCCACACCACAUCCACACACACACCUUCUGACCCGGUGCACAUCCACACCACAUCCACACACACACCUUCUGACCCGGUGCACAUCCACACCACAUCCACACACACCUUCUGACCCGGUGCACAUCCACACCACAUCCACACACACCUUCUGACCCGGUGCACAUACACACCACAUCCACCCACCUUCUGACCCGGUGCACAUCCACACCACAUCCACACACACCUUCUGACCCGGGGCACAUCCACACACACCUUCUGACCCGGUGCACAUCCACACCACAUCCACACACACCUUCUGACCCGGGGCACAUCCACACUCCUUCUGACCCGGAACCAGAACCUUACCUGGGGAGUUCUGGUUCUAAACGAGGGUUCCGACUCAGAAGCGAUGAGACAAGUUUUGAUUCUAAACUGUCAGAUGUGUAGCGUGUGUGUGGAACAGGCAGACAGGAGUUCUAAACUGUUAGAACAUCGUUCUGUUCUCCGUCCUGGUCCAGCUUUCAAACCUCCUCCAGGUGGAAUCUCUCUGGGGUCUGACUCUGGGGGUUGAGCCAAAAAGGUAAACACAAAGAAUAAGAUAUACUUUCAUAUAGGGAUCAUGGGUAUGAGGGAGGGAGUGGUACUUUGCUACUUAUUAGAAACACUGAUUGACUGAAAUGUAAUUUCUAGUGUUUGUCUUUCUGAUUGUGUAUCUAAGUAUUUGUAUGGUUUGUGUUUGUCAUGUGCCUGCAUUAUUAUACAAUUACAUAAUCUGAUGGAAUGUGAAUAAUCUGAUAAAAAAGGAUGUCCAAGACUUGCAUUCUAUAGUUUGAUGAUCAAGGUUGUAACGCUGGCGUGGUCCUAUAUCCAACUGAGUCUCACAUGGUCAGUAAUGAUACUGAAGGUUUAUUGGAUUAACCUGACUGUAGGUGCCACCAGAGGGCACUACUGCCCCUCUUUACUGUAAGAGAAGGAGCCAGUCUGAUCAGGAAGUAGACACCCUGACUUGUUGCUUUAUUUGCCGACAACUGCCUGUCAUAUUGCCUUUGUUUAUACUAACCCUAACCCUCCACUGUGAGAAAGACUUACAUUUUACAUUACAUUUAGUCAUUUAGCAGACGCUCUUAUCCAGAGCGACUUACAGUAAGUACAGGGACAUUCCCCCGAGGCAAGUAGGGUGAAGUGCCUUGCAAGGACACAACAAGGACACGUUGUGUCCUUACACGGCCGGGAAUCAAACUGGCAACCUUCAGAUUACUAGCCCGAUUCCCUCACCGCUCAGCCACCUGACUCCCCAUCAUCACCAACAUCCAGCUAUCUGGAGUCAGAUGGCCGAGCGGUUAGGGAAUCGGGCUAUUACUCAGAAGGUUGCCGGUUCGAUUCCUGGCAGUGCAAAUGUGACGUUGUGUCCUUGGGUAAGGCACUUCACCCUACUUGCCUCGGGGGAAUGUCCCUGUACUUACUGUAAUUCGCUCUGGAUAAGAGCGUCUGCUAAAUGACUAAAUGUAAAUCCACACUGUCCCCAUUAACAUCCACGCUGUCCACUCUUCUACAUCUGCUCCCUAAGAGAGACGGCCUUUGUUUAAUUACUUCUUUGUUGUGAUAGAAAGUCACUGGGACUAUGUGUUUACCAGUGAUUUGUAAACUGCCAAACUAAUUGUUAAGAAUUUUAUUCAUCAGUCAUUCUAAACUAUAGACUGUUAAAGCUGUCAGUGAAUGUGAGGUUGGAAGUCACAGUAUUACCCAGUAAAAGGAUGUUAGUUCAAAAAUAAUCAUGACAUGACCCAACUGUAAAGGCACAAUCUUUUAUUCAGUUAUUAUUAUUUUUCAACCAA